CAUGUAUUAAUAUGGUCCUACUAUUAAUUUUCCAUUUCUUGUCUUAUAUAACUUCACCUGGAGCCAUAUCUACGACGGAGAUGACGACGAGAAGUUACCCAGGGUACAUAGAGGUAGAGAUAUCCCCUCACCUUGCUAAUGUUACAGUAGAAAGUCAGAUUAUAGGGACCGGAAUAAAAACAGCAUAUAACUUUAAGCAAAACCAGACCCGGAUUACAAUCAAUACAGAGGAACAUCCGGGUCUUUACAGCUUCCGUGUGAUUCAGAAUGGAUCUGUACUUGUGACCAGAUACAUUCAUGCGGUUUGCCAGAAACACGUCACUCUACACUUGAAUCAAACCUAUUCAAUACAGUCACCAGAAUUUCCUCUGCCAUAUCAUGCAGGCCUACGGUGUUCAUGGAAAAUAACAACAAUUAGGAAUGACACCUGGUUCAAGAUUGAUACAGUGACACAGGGAAGUGAUUGUCUGACUUCCUUUGAGAGUAAUUUUAAAAAGAAUUUGUGCUCAAAAGCCAAGAAAAACGAAAGUCUAGUUUUGCCAAAUAAUUCUUUGUACGUGAAUUUCUCCUCGAUGAAAACGGGUCCAUCUUCUUAUAUACACUUGGAGGUCAUACCCAAGUUACGCCCGCCUACAAACCUAUCCGCAACAGUAUUCCGGGACUCCAUACGAAUCGACUGGCUCUGGAACAGUACGGACGUUGAUACCCUUGAAUGUGUGAUCGAAUAUCUAAUAUAUCCUUCCGCUAUACCCUAUCAAACAAUGGUCAACUGCAGUGAUAAUUCGUUCACAUUGAAUACCAGUCUCCAUAGGGGCAGGUUAUUCCAGAUUAGGAUGUUUGCCAAGACGUCUUUCUGGGAAAGUGAAAAGUUGGAUUAUGUAAAUCAUACGUCAGAAUGUCAAAAUGAAGUUUUUCUCGGGGACAAAAACGAAACAGCCAUUCUUUCAGAGGGUUACCCAUAUCAACUACAAUCAUUUUCUUCCUGCCAAUGGGACAUAAAGACGACAGCAGAUAAAUAUAUAAAAUUUACCAUCCGGGACUUGAAUCUGUGCUCGAAUUCAAAUAUCUGUCAGACAACAUGUAUUAAAAUUGACAAGGAAAUAAAACUUUGUCCAGGUUCUUCCAUUGAAAAAACAUAUUUGAUACAGAAAAACAUAACAUUCAUUAUGUUCAAUUCCACUGAAACAUUAAAUGGGAGGGGUUUCAACCUGUCUGUCAAAGUUGUUGAUUCUCCUCCUCCCUUUCUUGACCAAUUUUUUAUCGAGAGUAAACAUGACUUUAUUAACAUAACAUGGCGUCCUUACGAUGGAGAAAAAGACCUAUUGCGUUAUCUCGUCACCUACAACGUCAUACCUGACGUAGGGCAUCACGUGGUACCUCUUCGGGUCGGUCACCCUUCAACAACAUACGUCAUCGACACAAAUACUCAUCAAGGCCAAUUGUUUGCCGUGAGAUUAUCUUAUCUAACCGAGGGCGGAGAAGGGAUACCUUCCAAUGUAAAAAUCAUCAGAGCUUCAUGUGGACGUGCAGUGCGACUGCGCCAUAAUCAAACCUUCACCAUACGGCCGCCGGAAGUCAAUGGUAGCUAUCUUUCAAAUGUCAUUUGCAGGUGGAAUUUACAAGCGGAUCACGGACUUUGGUAUAAGUUUGAUAUCGUAAAAAUAGACAUUGAAAACUCUACAUUGUGUCAAAAAGAUUAUGUGGAAAUUCCUGGAAAGCGGAGGUUUUGUGGAAACAAGCCUGAUUCCGUUAUAAUAAAAGAUCACAGAGCCGCCAUUACUUUUGUUACAGACGAUAGCAACUAUGCGACAGGAUUUACAGCGAUGGCUACAGCAGUUUAUCCACCAUCGGGCCGUCCUAGAAAUUUAACUUUAACGCCAGCACGGUAUGGGUUCUUUUUGGAGUGGGAGAAACCUUUUUUGAAUCCUAGUUAUGUGAGGGGAUAUCGGAUAAAUUACAGACGACUGGAGAAGACCGAGGUCUCUGAAAUGGUUCUACCAUCCAAUGAUAAUAGUGCUUUUAUAAACACUCUGUCCUUUCUUGGAAAUUUGUUUGAAGUUUGGAUGUCUGCAAUUGGUGAGGCUCAAGAUAGCGAAUCUACACAAAAGAGGCAGAUUUUGUCAGACUGUGGAGAAUAUUUGAAAAUAGAUACAUCUGUCCAACUAAUCAGUACGCCAUUUUACCCAGAAUUCCCUAGUGUCACGUGUCAGUGUUCGUGGACCUUGUCGUCUGUGCAUAAUUUAUCAUUCACUUUCUUGGAAAUCCAUCGUUAUGAAAACCAUACCACAAACUCAACAGAAGACGAAUUUCUAAUCUUAAACAGUACAAAGCAUUCUUUAGCGAAUGUAAGCAAAGGAAUGCAAAUUUUCUUACAUAAAAGUGAACUUGUAAAGAUAGACUUUCGGACUAAGCAAACUUCUUUUUUAGCAGCAAUAAAGCCAGUUCCUGGUAAGUGA